AUGGGAAAGCCAAAUACAAUAUUUGACUUUUUCAAAAGAAAAAAUACACAAAGUUCAAAUGCCAAUGUUGGUGAUGCAUCUUCGCCAACUUCUGAUAUCGUAAUUUCUGAAAAUUCUUCUAAAAAAUCUCGAAGAGUUGACGUCAAUGAAUUUGAUAUUAGUUCAUUGGAGUUUGAUCCUGGAUUGCGUCGUCAGAUAUGGGAGUAUAAUGUUAAUCAACGGGAUGAAAUUCGACGAGCUUACAUUAAAGCUGGUCCGUACCAAUUUAUCCACCCAGACUACCCAAAAUCCGGAGAUCGAAAUCAUCUUCGUAGCUUUCAACCUUCGUGGUUCAAUCUAUUUCCUUCAUGGCUUGAAUAUUCGCGCGAAACAGAUGCAGCAUUUUGUCUACCAUGCUUUCUCUUUAAUAAGCCAUCUGGACAUCCUACGCAACGUGUUUUCACUAUAGAUGGAUUCAAGAAUUGGAAGAAAUUAAAAGCCUCGAUUGAUGUUGUUCGAGUGCUUGCAUUUCAAGGUGUUGCUUUUAGAGGUCGGGAUGAAAGUGUGGAUUCAACGAAUCGUGGAAAUUUUCUUGAAAUAUUGAAUUUAAUGGUUUCAUAUAAUGAACAGAUUGCUGAAGUGAUAGCUAAAGCUCCAAAAAAUGCCUCUUAUACAUCACCAAUGAUACAAAAAGAAAUUUUACAUAUUUUUUCAACCAGAGUGAAGGAGGCAAUUCGCAAAGAAAUUAGUAAUGCAAAGUUUUACAUAAUGGUUGAUGAAGCUCGUGAUGAGUCAAUGAAAGAGCAAAUGGCUAUAGUUUUAAGAUUUGUCGACAAAGAUGGUUUUGUGCGGGAACGUUUUUUUGGGCUUGUUCAUGUCGCUAAUACUGCGGCACUAACCCUACAAAAGGGUAUAUAUUUUGUAUUGUCUCAACAUAAGUUAGCCAUUGAAAAUAUUCGAGGGCAAGGAUAUGACGGCGCAAGCAACAUGCGAGAAUUGCGGAUUUCUCAAACUGCUGAAAUUGCUUACCUGAUUGAAAUUAAUGAGAUUGAGAGUGGAAGGGGACUUAAUCAAAUUAGUACUUUACAACGGGCUGGAGAUACUCGUUGGAGUUCUCACUUGAGAUCAGUUUCUAGCUUGAUCAAAAUUUUUAGUCCAGUUUGUGAAGUUAUUCUUAAAAUCAUUGAUGUGGGAACUACUUCUUCCCAACGAGCAGAAGCAGAUUCAGUUUAUCAAGUAAUGACUUCAUUUGAAUUUGUUUUCAUCUUGCAUCUCAUGAAAGAAACGAUGCAGAUUACUGAUCAUCUAUGUCAAGAAUUGCAAUCAAAAUCUCAAGACAUUUUAAGUGCCAUGAAUCUUGUUUCAUCUACCAAAGCAUAUAUCCAACAAUAUAGAGAUGAUAAAUGGGAUGAUUUACUUACCAAUGUGAAGUCAUUUUGCGAGAAACGCAAUAUAGAUAUUCCAGAUAUGAAUGCCCGUUAUGUUGAGAGGCGAGGUCGAGCUCGCCAUCAACAAGCUGACUUUACAAUCGAGCAACAUUAUCGAGUGGAUAUUUUUUGUGCCUCUAUAGAUUCUCAAUUGCAAGAAUUAAAUCGCCGAUUUAGUGAGCAUGCAGUGGAGUUGCUUAUUCUCAGCUCAGCUCUUGAUCCUCGAGCUGCACGUGAAUCUUUUAGAAUUGAUGAUAUUUGUCAGUUGGUAAACAAGUUUUAUCCUCAAGAUUUUACCGAUCUUGAAAAGGAACAGUUGGAAAUAGAACUUAACCAUUACAAGCAUAAUGUAGUCCUACAUUCGAGUUUUCAAGCAUUGUCAAAUAUUUCUGAAUUUUGCCAAUGGUUGGUUAGUACCGGAAAAUCAGCUAUCUACCAACUUGUUUUUCGAGUUAUUGUACUUGUGCUUACUCUUCCCGUUUCUACCGCAACUACAGAACGAGCAUUUUCAGCCAUGAAUAUUGUCAAAACUAGGCUUCGCAACAAAAUUGAAGACGAGUUUCUGACGGAUUCUUUAAUGGUGUACAUUGAAAGAGAAAUUGCUGCAACAAUUAGCAUAGAUUCAAUCAUAGAUGAUUUUCGGGAUUUAAAAAAACGGCGGGUUCCAUUUUGA